GGCAGCACGUCAGCAGGCCGCAGCAGAAGCUGCAGCAGCCACACGGUUGCAACAGCAGCAGAUCGAGGCAAGUCAAAACCAAGUUCGUUACCAAGCUACAAUGGAGCUCGCCAACGAAGAAGCCACGUACCGGAGGUUACUCCGACGGCAGCAUUUUCCAGCAAACGAGGUACAAGAGGAGCCGACCGAGGACGAGAGAAACAAGGAGGCCACAACAGUUUUGAUGGAGAACCUGCUGUACACGUGCAAUUGGCAGCAACGUGAAGUGUUGGCCAUGCGGCAGGUCUUCAUCCGCCACGAAACGACGUUUAAAGCAUUGGACAAGAAGAUCGCUACUAUGCAGGCCAAACUCAGCACACUACACGCCACCAACAGCCAGCAGCAGACAAUCAACGGCCAGCUGCAGAACGGUGUCAGCACAGGGUUGGCACAACUAUCGGCAGCUACGCCGACGGGCAGCGCAGUGGCAGAUUGCAGCCCAGCCUUGGCCGCGCAGGCCAAGCAACUCGAGGAGCGGAUCAACCAUGUGGUCGCGUCCCUCGGCGACAUCAGCAAGUUUGCUGGAGCGUCGACAGUCAGCAAUCAACUGCAGAUGCUCAGCGACCGCGUUCAGCAACGACCGGUCGCUGUCGCCAAGGAAUGGAAGAUGCCGAACUUCAAGAUCGAGAAGUUCGAUGAUUAUCACAAGACUGAUCCGCUGCAAUGGUGGAUGGCAUUCAACGCAGAGGCGGACGUGCAUCACACUCCAGCACUGCGGCGGCUUGACGCACUCUACCUCCAACUCGUUGGAGGGGCGCAGGCCUUCAUGACGCACAUGGCGGUCACAUUGGAAUGUACCAUCGCCAGAUUCGCCACCCUCCACACCAAGAUCACGUGGGAGGAAUUCGAGAAGAAAUGGAAGACCCAGUUCAUGGUCAACAACGACACGCGUCACGCCUUGAACAAGAUCUUCCGCAUGUUUCAAGGCCAGCAACCUUCACGGGAGUGGCUGACGGAGUGGCAAAGACUCUUCGCCACCCCAGAGUUGAACUUACCGUUCGACGCAAUCCGGGCCGAAUUCUUCGCUCCGUCAUGCGACGCCUUGACAGCUGCUCUCGGCAGCGAAGUCCAGUAUGAGACCUUUGAUGACAUGAUCUCAAAGGCAAGAGAAUUAAUCCAAGCAUGCGAGGCCGUGUCAUUCGACAUAUUGGACACUAAGUUUGAUAUGAUCUUAGGCAUGUCGUGGCUGCAAAGCAAAGACCAUCCGGUAAACUUCAAUCGACGCACCGUUCACGUUCGUGAUCGGCGUGGCGAAUUAGUCCCGUGUACGGUACCGCUUCCUCAUCCUUCGAUUAGUUGUCACGUGGUCUCCGCGGCGAGCAUUCGCCAAUCCAUACGGCGGAACGACAUCGAGGAGAUGGGCAUAUGUUUUCUUCACGCCCUCCCACCCGGUGAUCAGCCCAAGAUGGAUACGUUGGACCCACGCAUCAUUGAGCUGUUGGACAGCUAUGAGGAUGUCUUCCAAGCUCCCGCCGGAGUAGUACCGGAUCGGCCCAUACGCCACGGGAUCACUCUCGAGGAUGGCGCCGUACCUCCGAGCGGAUGUAUCUACCGCAUGAGCGAAGAGGAGCUUCAAGUGCUUCGGGCACAACUAGACGAUCUCUUGGCCAAGGGCUGGAUUCGCCCUAGAUGUUCGCGAUACGGUGCUCCCGUUCUCUUCAUUCGGAAGAAGAAUAAGGACCUUCGUUUGUACAUCGACUAUCGGAAACUUAACGCGCAAACGAUCAAGAACGUCGGCCCUCUCCCUCGGAUCGAUGAUUUUCUCGAGCGACUAGGCAGCGCCAAGUACUUCUCGAAGCUUGACCUCAAAUCCGGCUACCACCAGAUCGAGAUCCAGCCAAGAGAUAGGUACAAGACCGCGUUCAAGACGCAAUAUGGGCACUUUGAGUGGAUCGUCAUGCCUUUCGGUCUCACCAAUGCCCCGACUACUUUCCAAGCGGCUAUGACGACGGAAUUCCGCGACUUGCUCGACCGCACCGUCCUCAUUUACCUUGAUGACAUCUUGGUUUAUAGUCGGACGAUGGACGAGCACCUUGAGCACCUUCGCGCCGUUUUGGAGCGGCUUCGUAUCGCCAAGUACAAGGCGAACCGUGACAAGUGCGAGUUUGCCCAACACACUUAGGCCAUUACGUGACGCUGCAAGGCAUUCGUCCGCUCGCGGACAAAG